AUGAAGGGCCUUCUCAGCCUCUCGGUGCUGCCGCUGCUGGCAUCCGCCUCUCCCAUGAUCGUUGACUCCAUCCACAAAGAUGCUGCCCCCAUCCUCUCCUCUACAAAUGCCAAAGACAUUCCAGAUUCCUACAUAGUCGUCUUUAAGAAGGGCGUUUCCUCCACCUCAGCUCUAGCUCACCAGAGCUGGGUCCAGGACAUCCACACCUCCAUCGAGUCGAAGCGUAUGAAGAAACGCAACCAGUUCACAUUCAAGAACGAAGCUUUCGAUGGCCUGAAGCACACCUUUGACAUUGCCGGUGGCCUUGUUGGCUACUCUGGUCACUUCGAUGAGGAGGUCAUCGAGCAAGUCCGCAGACACCCUGACGUUGAAUACAUCGAGCGAGACUCCGAGGUCCACACCUUGGGAGCUGUCACCGAGUCCAGUGCUCCUUGGGGCUUGGCUCGUAUCUCUCACCGUGAGAAGCUCAACUUCGGCACAUUCAACAAAUACAUAUAUGCCGCCGACGGUGGUGAGGGUGUCGACGCCUACAUCAUCGACACCGGCACCAACGUCCAGCACGUUGACUUCGAGGGCCGUGCCAGCUGGGGCAAGACUAUCCCAGAGAACGAUGACGACUUCGACGGUAACGGUCACGGAACUCACUGCUCUGGCACCGUUGCCGGAAAGAAAUACGGUGUUGCCAAGAAGGCACACGUCCAUGCCGUCAAGGUCUUGAGAACCAGCGGUUCUGGUACCAUGUCUGACGUUGUCAAGGGUGUCCAAUGGGCAGCUGAGAGCCACUUGAAGCAGGUCGGUGAGGCCAAGAAGGGCUCCCGAAAGGGCUUCAAGGGAAGUGUUGCCAACAUGAGUUUGGGAGGCGGCAAGUCUGUCACCUUGGACCGUGUUGUCGACCAAGCUGUCGCUGUUGGAAUGCACUUCGCCGUUGCUGCUGGUAACGACAACGCUGAUGCCUGCAACUACUCCCCUGCUGCUUCCGAGAACUCCAUCACCGUCGGUGCCUCAACCCUUGCUGAUGAGCGUGCCUACUUCUCCAACUUCGGUAAAUGCACUGACAUCUUCGGCCCUGGCUUGAACAUCCAGUCUACCUGGAUCGGAAGCAAGCACGCCGUUAACACCAUCUCUGGAACCUCCAUGGCCUCCCCUCACAUCUGUGGUCUACUGGCCUACUUCCUCUCUCUCCAGCCAGCCUCUGACUCUGCUUUCGCCGUUGCUGAAAUCACCCCAGCUGAGAUGAAGGCCAACAUGAUCUCCAUCGCCACCAAGAACAUCCUCACCGAUAUCCCAGCAGACACUCCCAACCUCCUCGCAUGGAACGGUGGUGGCUCUGACAACUACAAGGAGAUCAUCGGAGGCAAGGAGAACUCCACCAAGGGUAGCUCCACCACCCUCACCGAGAAGCUCGAGAAAUUGGCCGAGGAAGGCCUCACUGCAAUCUACAACGAGCUCAAAGACGCCGUGGUUGUAUAG